AUGACAGGGAUGUUAACCAAUAAAUGUAUCAUUCCACAAUUUUUACCGGAGGCCAACAAAAACCCAUGUGGUCGUGGCCGAUCCAUGUGUCGUAGUGUCAGGAAAUGUGUGGCCGACUCACAGCGUUGUGACGGAAGAGACGACUGUGGUGACAACUCAGAUGAAGAGAAUUGUCAGACAGAAAUAGAAGACACCAACAAAAACCCAUGUGGCCGUGGCCGAUCCAUGUGUCGUAGUGUCAGGAAAUGUGUGGCCGACUCCCAGCGAUGUGACGGAAGAGACGACUGUGGUGACAACUCAGAUGAAGAGAAUUGUCAGACAGAAAUAGAAGAUACCAACAAAAACCCAUGUGGCCGUGGCCGAUCCAUGUGUCGUAGUGUCAGGAAAUGUGUGGCCGACUCCCAGCGAUGUGACGGAAGAGACGACUGUGGUGACAACUCAGAUGAAGAGAAAUGUGGAACAGAUACUGAAGAAACCAACAACAGUCCAUGUGGUCGUGGCAGAUCCAUGUGUCGCAGUGUCAGGAAAUGUGUGUCUGACUCGAGACGCUGUGAUGGAUAUGACGACUGUGGUGAUAACUCAGAUGAAGAGAACUGUGAGAAAGAAUCUCACGCCAAUCCAUGUGGCACUGGGUCGUCCAUGUGUCGCGGAGUGAAGAAAUGCGUGGCAGAUUCACAGCGCUGUGAUGGAUACGACGACUGUGGGGACAACUCAGAUGAAGAAAACUGUGUUGAUUCAAUCAACACUUGCCAGGAAGGCAGUUCCAUGUGCCGCAGCAUCAAGAAAUGUGUGGCCGAUGUCAGGCGGUGUGAUGGAUACGACGACUGUGGGGAUAACUCAGACGAAGAAAAUUGUGAUGAUGAUAACCAAAUAGUGUCUAUCGACUGUGGUACCAGCACCCACGGCUGCUGCCCAGAUGGGCAGACAUCUGCCUCUGGACCCAACCAAGAAGGCUGUCCCAAUGGGGGCAGCCCUGGAGGGAGGGAGUGUCGGCGUUCCCGCUACGGCUGCUGUCCAGACAGGGUCACACCUGCCUCUGGCCCACACAACUAUGGCUGUGAGGGUGAUGGGUGUGAGAGGUCGGCCUACGGCUGCUGUCCAGAUAGCAAGACCAAGGCAACAGGCCCAAACCACCAGGGCUGCUCAUCAGGUCAUGGGUCUUUUGAUCCAGCGACAUGUGGCCAGCCUGAAGAGAAGGGCGACUGCUCCGACUACUCCGCACAGUGGCACUUCAGCAUGGUGAUGGGGACCUGCUCCCAGUUCUGGUACGGGGGAUGCGGGGGCAAUGCCAACCGCUUCAACAACCAGAGUGACUGUGAAAAAUCCUGUGUUCAUGUUAAAGGCCCAGGUGCAUGUCGGUUGCCCAAAGCUAAGGGACCCUGCAAGGCUAGCAAGCCGAGGUACUACUUCCACCACCAGAGUGGGGAGUGCAAGAAGUUCACUUAUGGUGGUUGUCGUGGAAAUGCCAACCGCUACCACUCGAAGGCCGACUGUGAAAGGAAAUGUUCAGACUCCACCUACAUUGAUUCAGAAGACGAUGAUGGCCCAACGAAGUCCCUGUGCCGGUCGUCUCGCUACGGGUGCUGUCCAGACGGCCGAACUCCCGCCACUGGAGCCAACAAUGCAGGCUGUCCAGCUUCAUGUCAGUCAUCGCAGUAUGGGUGUUGCCACGAUGGAGUCACCAAUGCUCAAGGACCCAAAAUGUAUGGCUGUGAAGUAGGGUCGGGCAGAGAGCCUUGCGAGAACACACAAUAUGGCUGCUGCUCUGAUGGCGUUACUGCGGCGACAGGAUACAACCAGGAGGGCUGUGACGAGGAUGUCAUCAUUGGGGUGGAAACUACCAAGGUCUCUGCAGGUAACCUUGACCCUUGUUCACAAGACAAAGACUCAAAUCGGUGCAAGGACUUUGUGGUCAAGUGGUACUGGGACAGAGAGAUUAAGCGCUGUGAUAGAUUCUGGUUUGGUGGCUGUGACGGCAACAUGAACCGGUUUGACAGUGAGGAAGAGUGUCUGGGACGCUGCAAGAACUCGGCUGGCAAAACCAGCUCGGUUGAUGUGAACAAGUGUCAGCAGCCCAGAGCCAAGGGGUCGUGUCUCGCGGAGCUCACACGCUGGUACUUCGACACGUACAGUCAGCGCUGCAUGGCCUUCCUCUACGGAGGCUGCCAGGGUAAUGACAACAACUUUUUGUCGGAGAGGGAAUGCCAAAGACAGUGUGGGGGCAGAGUUGCUACUCCUGCACCAACAUUUGCACCUCCGACAACGACCACGGAGAGCCCAGGAGUGAAGCCAGAAAAGAGCUCAAUGCUGAUGACUGGUCAGGACUAUGUGAAAGUUGGACGCCACAUCCGUGUCAAGUGUGAUGCCACAACAAUGAGCUCUGGCUCCUCCCGUAUCAUCGAGUGGUUCAAGGAUGGAAACCGUAUCAACACCGACACCGGUUCCUCGCGUAUGGGCAUCACUCUGUCCUUGAAUGGCUACCUGAUGGUCAGCGAGAUGACCAUUAAGAAUGCAGACAAGUCUGACUCAGGGAUGUACUACUGUCGUAGUCUGCCAGAUGGCGACGUCAAAAGCAUGGCAGUCAAAGUUGUAGAUGCCUCGUUUGGUGUGACUGCAUCUCCGAGGACGACUUCAACCACUCCCUACCCUGAAGAAUACUUCACCACUCAAGCCCCAAGGCCAUCACAACCAAGAGAUGUGUGCAUCCAGGAGGCAAAGGCCGGCCAGUGCUAUGCCAGCAUACCCAAGUGGUACUACGACUACAGCAGUGGUGUGUGUCGGGAGUUUUCAUACGGCGGCUGUAACGGCAAUGAAAAUAACUUCAACACCAAGGAGGAAUGUGACACGUUUUGCAGACCACAAGAAAUCUGUAUACUGCCCUACGAGACAGGACCGUGCAGAGCACUGAUUGCGAGAUGGGCCUACGACAGUACCUCUAACGAGUGUCAGGAAUUCAAUUACGGUGGCUGUUCGGGCAACCCCAAUAACUUUGAAUCUAAAGAGAGCUGUGAGCGUAGAUGCAGGUCCCGCAGCCCGGACCGCAGCAUGAGCGGCGACGUCUGCAGCCUCCCCCGUGCAGGAGGCACCUGUGACGGCUACGACAUCCUGUGGUACUAUGACACCAGCAGGUCAAGGUGUAACAGGUUCAUCUACACCGGCUGUGCUGGCAAUGGCAACAGGUUUGGGUCUGAGGCAGAAUGCCAGGCCGCCUGUGAGGGACAUCCUGGAACACUGGCCCCGGUUGUACUCACAACCACUACAACUCCGGCACCCAGAGUCAAAGUGUCAGCUCUGUGUGACCAACGACCAGAUAGCGCUCGCUGUGACAAUAGUAACGAUCCCUCAGAUUAUGAAAUCAAGUGGUACUAUGAUUCUGAGAGAGGUGUAUGCACUCGCUUUUAUUAUGGUGGGUGUGGCGGAAAUGAAAACCGCUUUGACAAUCGACCAGACUGCCAGUCUCGGUGUGUCUAUGGAAGGCAAGUGAAGACCACACCAUAUCCUGCGCUGUUAACAACUGCCGCCCCUCUCAACUGCCGCCAUUCAGCGUAUGGUUGUUGUAAAGAUGGCUACACCACAGCAGAAGACGAGUACCACAGCAACUGUGAUGAUGGUCCAAAUGUUAUUGAGCGACGGAAAGGCGAGGACUAUGAGAUUCUAGUACGCCCUGAUAAGGAUGUCCUCAUAAACUGUCGGAUACAUCGCACGGAUCGAGACAUAGUCACGUGGUACAGAGACAGGUUUGUGGUUCAGACUGGCUACAGGUUCACCCUCUUCAACAAUGGCUCCCUGUGGAUCAAGAACAUCAAAGAAGACGACACUGGAAUAUACAGCUGCCAGGUUGCCCGAGGGAAUGACGUACCACAGAUUGAAAGAUAUAAUGUGCAAGUCCGAGUGCCUCUGCGAAUCCUGCCAUCUCCAAAGGUCAUCAAGAUAAGGCCCGGAGACAAUGCCUUCCUGCACUGCCAGGUGUAUGGCCAACCAACACCAACCAUCACAUGGUUGAAGAAUGGCCGCCCUGUGAUGAGCACGGGCCACUUCAGGGCCUUUGAAAAUGGCACCCUGAUAAUCAUGCAGACCCAGGACUAUGACGCCGGGCAGUACGAGUGCCAGGCAGAGAACGGGGUGUCCACCAUGGCCAAGAAACAAGUACAACUCUUAAUUAGAGAACGUGUUAGAGCCAAACUGGAUCCAUACAAAGGGAAGGUGAUGGAGGGAGGAACUGUCCGUUUACGAUGUACAGGAAGUGGCUAUCCCAGACCCACAAUUCACUGGGAGAGGGAUGGAAAGGAACUCACUAGCGACAAUAAAAUCUCAAUAAGUGGUCGAGAGUUGGUAAUACGUAGUGCUACUAUUGACGAUUCUGGAAUAUAUACGUGUGUGGUGAAAAACUCGCGAGAGGAGGCGAGUGCGGUCACCAUAGUGCAAGUAGUGAUGCAGCAAAAUUCAGGAGUUUGUGAAGAUAAACUCCCGAUGAUGAAGUGCAAGAUGAUCCGGACAGCCAGAUUGUGUGGACACAGAAGAUUCUCUAAAAUGUGUUGUGCAUCAUGCAAACAUCAGCGUUUCCGCUGAGUUUGCUCGAUGACCAUAGAGUUAGAUGAUGCUCUUCAAUGGAACAUACAAGAGGUUAAGCUGCUACCACAAGACACAAGAUGGCCAACUACAAACGUGGUGCCGAGAUAUGCACAGCACCAGAAGUACCCCUGAUGUGUAUGAGUGAUCAAGUGGUGGUUUGGUCAUACAGCAUAGCAAAAUGUCUUGACACCUUAAGUGUAAUAUGUCAAGUCUUUUAAAGAGAGAACAUAAUAAAUUGCGACUAUUGGCUUGUACAGAAUCUGAGUGUUUAUAAUGGACUGAAUAUAGAAUGUGUACCUCUCAACUCUAAUCACUAGCAGUGUUGACAAAUGUGCAUACUACACAAGUUAAAGAACACCCGAUUUUUUUAUAUGACUAUAGUUAAUCUGUCAUGUCUGAACUCGUUUUUUUCUCAGUUUACCAGUUCAGCAGUGACAGCGUGAAUGUGUGGGAUGUAACCGAAAGCCUGAAAAUAUCCAUCCUCUCAGUAAAUGAAGUGAUGUUUUAGAUUUGAUGGUAUGACAGAGUGCAGUAUUGUAGUCUCUUCUCUUGGACUGGCCUCCUCUCAGGAACUCUUCGUGUCUCUUUACAAAACACCUCAUCAGCCUAGCUGCUUGUGCUCCUCCAUUGUUUAACAUAAUACACAUGUGAUGACUUUCACCCAUUCUGUUUUCUGAUUAAUCCAUUGUUAUUAGUCCUCUGCCGAUGACUGUGGGUUCGAAUCCCGGUUCGCCCCAGGUGUGUCAGCACCAUACCGUGUUCGUGGGUUUCACCGAAGUGGUAAACGUCUGAGACCUGCAUCACUUCGGGCUUUCCUCCCACAUUAAGCUGACAUGCCGUGAUAUAACUGGAAUACUGUUAAAAGCGGCGUUAAACCCAACUCACUCACUAUUAGUCCUCUGAUAUGUUCAUUGUUAUUUGUUUCCCCACACAACAGGACUUGUGAAUAGAGAGUACCUAGACAAACCCAGACAUACUGGUGCUAGAUCCAAUUUCUAACAGGUGUACAUUUGACAUGAACAACUGCAAUGUGUACAUCGACUUACGUGACUGCAUUUACCCAAUCCAUACAAGACAACUGUUUAGCGACCAUCCAGAUCAACAUGCAUCUAUACUACUCCAAAAAGUUAAGGACAACCUGAUUCUUUCAUAUUACUAUGGGCGCUGGGGUAGCCUAGUGGUUGAAGUGUCGCUGAAGACCCGGGUUUGAUUCCCCACAUGGGUACAAUGUGUGAAGCCCAUUUCUUGUGUCCCCUGCUGUGAUAAUGCUGGAAUUUUGCUAAAAGCAGCAUGAACGACUGACUCACUUGCUCAUAUUACUGUAUUUAAUCAGUCAUGCUAUAUCUAUGCUAUAUCUGCCAUGACAGAUUAACUACACUAACAUGAAAGAUUCGAUUGGUCCUAAUAUUUUUUAGUAGUAUAUAAACCAUUUAACAUAUAAUGUGCCAUGUGCCAGAGAAGAUUGUUUAAUGUUGCUCACCCCAAACAUCCUGGAUUUGGAUGAAGUGGAUACUUGUCUGCUUGUCCAAGGUGUUGACAAUACAGGGAACUGUCAUUGUAUAGCCUUCUACCUCUAGCAUCAUUUCUACCAAUCAGGAGUGCUGAAGUGUACAUAUUAAUUUACUGCAAACGUUGUACCACGGAAUUCAACAUGAUCAUCUUUCCAAAAAGCCCAUUAAAUAGAUCUCUUGCUUUUUUAGAUCACCAAAGUUUGUUUUAUACAUGCUAAUCAACCAAGGCUACCAAUAUUAGCCUCAAUAAUUGGACCUGACCUCCUUAAGGCUAAAAAAAAUAAUAGUCUUGGUUCUCAGGCAUGCCUGCAUCAUCAUAAAGUUUGCCUCACAUUUCGUUUUUUAUUUCCAUUUUAGAAAAAAACAAAAAAUCUUUUAAUAUUCCAAGUCCAAUGGUAGUCCAAUACUGUAUUCCAGUAUUUUACUCAUCAAGGAAUACAUUUAUGUAGGGAGGCCCUUUCCCAGGUUGAUUGAACACAACUGUUUAUUUGGUGACACAGCUGUUUAUUUGAUUACAUACUAGUUUGAACAACCAACAACAAAUUAAAAAAUCACCGCCCACCCGUACUAUAUUUUCAAAAGCCACUGCCUGAGAACCAAUUUUUUUUUUUUAAGCCUAAGGGAGCAACCAUUUCACUUUCAGGGAGGGGCAAAGACAUGGGUGUUUGCUUUGAGAUAAGCAUUGAUAUUUGAAUGUUCAGAGCUCCAUUAUUUCUUGUAACAUAAACAGGUGCUAUAAUUUAUUUUUUGGUAAAAUAAAUAAAAAUAACAAACUUUAUACUUUGUAUACUUUAAUAUAGUCAUCUUAAAGGUUAGAAGAAAAGGGCACACCAUUUUUUCCCAACAAUGUGAGGCAUAUGUAAAAUUCCCCGAAAAUAUAAUGCUUGCUCCUUCACUCCUAGUUGGCAAAUGGGACAUACCUGGUAGAUGAAAGCUAUGCCUGAAGGAUGAGACGCCUGCAUCGGGGAUGUGAAAUGCAUGUGUACUGUAAAAGUGUGUGGGUGUCCAUUCUGAUGUGUGGUGGGCGGUCGGGUAGCCUAGUGGUUAAAGCGUUUGCUCGUCACGCCGAAGAUCCGGGUUCUAUUCCCGACAUGGGUACAAUGUGUAAGGCCCAUUUCUGGUGUCCGCCGCCGUGACAUUGCUGAAAUAUUGCUAAAAACGGCGUAAAACCCCACUCACUCACUCUGAUGGGCGGAGUCCCCAUCUUCACACGUCCAUCUGUUGAAUGCAUCAUGAUAGUCAUCACUAUCCUGAAUAAGCAUGCUAUCCUCUCAAUAAUUUACAUAUACAUAACACCAAAGAUGUUCAGACUGCACCUGUAGUUAGACAGCCGUGAUCUAUACAAUGUCUGUGGCAUCAUUACAUCUAUUGCUCUGAAGACUGUUACUGUUUAUCCAAGACGUACAAGUUUAGACAUAUUAAAAAUAACAUUAUUCUCAUAUAAAUAGUGUGAACGUCAGCCCCACCAAAUAAUGUUGUUCACAAUUAGCUGGCAAUAUGCUUUAUAUCCAGUUAAGAUUGAAAGUUACAUCUAAUCAUUGAUCCCAUUUGUGUUCAUUCUGGGAGAAAAGACCCAGAAUUCUCACAUUUUGUAAAUUUUUCAAGUUUCUGCUUUCCAAACUGUUCCACUAAACAAUGGCCAAAAGAUUUUGAGCAAAAGUUUAGUGCUUAUCAAUACUAACUGACAAAUUCCCUAUUCAAUUACCCAAUGGUUAGUCCAAUAUGUCUGAAAGCCAGUCUGGCUUUUUGCAUGCAUGUGUCGAUGACUGCCAACAGUUCUGCACUUACAUCUACAGAAUACUGAGUGCGGACGUAGAUAUGUUUAUUUUGAAACAAGCUGUAUUUAUACUGUUUUUACUCACUUUAUAUAUAGAUGUUGGUCUCUUAGAUUUGUUGUCGCUGCAAGUAAAUAUCUUCCAUUUCUUA